UUAGUUUAUUACAUCAUAUACCAAGCCUCUCAAAAACUCUCUCUCUCCCCUCCCCCUAACUCUCACAUUUUUCAUUUGCAUUCUUGUGAUCGAUGAAGGUGAAUGAGAGAGAGAUGAGUUCCUAAAGUGAAUAUAUUACAAUUAAUUAAAUUAAUUUCCCUCAAAAUCACCAUCGUCGAGCUGGAUUAUCAUAAUCUAAAAAAAUUAUGGAGAUGCAACGAAUGAAAGAAUUGUUAUCACUUUUAUUAGCAUUGAAAAGUAAUCGAGUUGCUCUUGUUGGUGGAAAUCACACCGCAGCUAGAUUUUGUUGUCGCUAAUAAAUUUAUCUCAAUUUCUAUCCACACCCCCCUCUCUUCUCUCUCACACCCUCUUACUAUCUUAUAAUAUAUUCAUAAUAACUCUUUUCAAUUUUUCUCAUUAUACUAUAUAUUAAUUCUUCUUCUGCCAUAUUAAUUUCUAGCUAUACAUUAUAUACAUCAAUUUACUUUUUUGUUUCUUUUGAUUUUCAAUCCCAACACCACCAUGGCGGUUGACCUAGCUACUUUUUCCUUUGGAACAAAAGGAACAUGGAAGAUUUUUUAUCGUUUGGUUCUUUUGGCAUUGUUUGUGGCUUCAUUCCCAUUGAUAAGUUCUUCCUUUGUAUCGAGAAACCCUAGUCUUGAUGAUUCAACCUCAAACAUGAAUAUUCUUCAACAACAACACAAUGGAUUUGAUUAUUCCAUCAACAUGGAUCAACUUUUAACCCUUCUCUUCAAUGAUCUAACCAAUGAAGGCCUCGUGAAGAAAACAAAUCAAUACAAAGCUAUUUUUCUUGGAGAUCAAGAAAAAGAAGGGUUUCAUCAAUUUCAGACUAUCAUGGAUCACUACAACAUGGAUUACAUUCCAUUAAACAACAUGGAGAAACAAAGAUCAAUUCUCGACAAUACAAUUGAUUUCAUCUUCACAUCCAACUUUCACGCUUCGUCACAAUUCAUCGAUAGAACCCUAAAAACAGAUGGCAUCGCAACGAUUGUGCUUCUAAACUCCGCAUUUCAAAAACCCUCAAACUACAAGGUAGCAUACAUGAGAAGGUUUGAGAAAGUAGUAAUGGCAAUGAAGAAAACAUCUGGUUCAUCUCAAACAAAUUUAAAACUCGGUGGGCAGAGAAAGCUAUGUAAUUAUGCAACUGAGGCAAAGAAAGCAGCACUUCAGAACCUCGAGGAUGUUCUCCUCGAGCCACCUCGUGCUGCGUCUGGGAAAUCUAGGGUGUAUUUGAAGCGUACAAAGUAUUUACCUGAUUUAAUGGGUGACACCCUGGAAAGCUAUCCCCGUCGUGUUUUCAUUGACGUAGGGUUGCCACAGAAAGAUGGAGGUAGUGGAACAGAUUGGUUUUCAAAGAAUUAUCCAACAAGGAACAAGAAUUUUGAGAUGUAUAAGAUAGAAACCGUGGUGGAGGGUUCGACGACCGCACAAAUAGAGAUGUCGGAUUGGUUGACAAAGAAUGUAAAGGAUGAAGAGUAUGUAGUGAUGAAAGCUGAGGCUGAAGUUGUUGAGGAAAUGAUGAGGAGUAAAGCUAUUAUGUUGGUUGAUGAACUUUUCUUGGAGUGCAAGCCACAUGGUUUAAAUUUGAAGCAAGGGACUAGAGGUAGAAGGGCUUAUUGGGAAUGUUUGGCUUUGUAUGGAAAAUUGAGAGAUGAAGGAGUAGCUGUUCAUCAGUGGUGGGGUUAAUUAUAAUUAUUUGAUUGAUUAAUUGCUUUUGGCGGAAGUAAUUAAUUCAUUAUUUGCAUGUGAUUCUCCACAAAGUGUACCAAAUCAUCACAACCUAUUAAAAAAAAGUUGAUGAGACCGUGCAUUUUUAUAGAUGAAAAUUGUUGUGCUCAUGCAAAAAUUAUUAUAUAUAUUCAACACUAUUGAGUGAAUGUGUUGAAUUGGUUUGUGUUUGACAGAGAGUGCUAUGGAUAUAUGGAGAGGAAAAAUAAACUUCCCUAUAAGGUUUGAGAGAAUUAGAGAGAUUGGGAGUGGAUUAAGGUGACCUUCAUUAGUGCAAAAAAAAAAAUGAUUAAGGAGUUUUUUCAAUUUCACUCUUUUAUUUUGGAGUGUCUUUGUGUAUUAUUUUUUUUCUACCGUCUAUUAUGGAAAGAAUGUAAAAAUAAUUACACACGUACAAGUGAGCUACUAACUUUGUAUCCAAUGGAAUUUAUACUAAGUAAUAUAAAUUAUUGAUGAAUAGUU